AUUUUGUACUGAAAUAGAUCUGGAUUACUGCAUAAACAACUAGUUUUAGCCACAGCUUACACUGCAGGAAGCAUCUACUUAAAAAGAGACAUUCGAUUUUUCCUUUUCUGAUCCCCACAUGCGACUAAUCGCAAGUCUGCCUCCCAUCUAUCAUGACAUUACGUUAGGUCGCGCACAUACGUUCGUCGAAGUCCCGAAGGCUGUCACUAUCUUGUUAUGACAGAAAAAUUCAAUUAAACGAUAUGUGGGUGAUUUGUAUAUUGUUCUCGUAAACUGAUAAGUGUUAUAUAAAGCCUCCUGCUAACAGUUUACAAUUGUUUUGUGUUAAUUUCAAAGAGAAGCAAUCAUGUUUAAGCUUUUGUUUCUCGGUUUGAAUUUUUUGAGUACUGUAACACUCUUCGAACUGGACUUUUCAAUCUUUCCUACUGUCGAUGACCUGAUCUACGGUCCAGCUCCCUUCGACGACAGAAUAGUUGGAGGCAAGGAGGCUAACAUAGAGGACCAUCCGUACCAAGUGUCCUUUAUAGUGAACAACUCUUACUUCUGUGGAGGCUUCAUUGUCAGUGAGAACUACAUCCUGACUGCGGCUCAUUGUGCUCAAAAUGUGGACCCAUCAACCGUGGUCCUUCGAGCCGGGAGUUCGUGGCGCAAAAAUGGAACCAUUAUACCAAUAGCAGAAGUGAUACCACACCCGCAGUACGACAGCCCGAGGUUCGACAAAGACGUGGCCGUGAUGAGGACAGCUGAGCCAAUAGAGUUUACUGAAACCAUUCAGCCGAUUGAUCUUCCUAAGAAGGGUAGUUCCAUGAAGGAUAAUUCUAUUGUCAUGGUCAGCGGGUGGGGCAGGACUGAGCAAGGUGCAAGCUCGAUUCCUGAGCGAUUAAUGGACGUGGAAAUACCAGUAGUACCCUAUUGGCAGUGUUAUGCGGUGUAUUUCACAGUACUUACAAGGAAUAUGUGGUGCGGAGGCAACUUCGUUCUCGGCGGCAAAGGGACUUGUCAGGGUGAUUCCGGUGGUGCCGCAAUACAGAACAAUGUUGUUCGUGGUAUAGUCUCCUUCGGUAGGGGCUGUGGGCAGCGUUUCUCCCCGGGCGUGUUUGCAGACAUGGCCGCACCGACUAUCCGGGACUUUGUUACCGAACAUACGGGUCUGUAAACUUCUAGACCUCUCUGAAAUGAUUAAUCAACGAGUAAUAAGAGUAAUACCUGUCUGUAAAUGUCAUUGGGUAAGGCAUCUUAUGAUCUAGAGAAGGAGAAUUAUUUAUUUAUUAUUGUGAGAUGUUCUCGCCUAUGUUUUGAAGUGUUCAGAUAUGAGUGUUUAUUUAGUGAACUUAGACUAUAAGAAGGAAAACUCACAUUAAACAAUGCAUUUAACAUGUUUAAUUUUUUUACAUCACAAGAAUGCUGAUGUGUGCACUACUGCGGUUAAAUCUGUUGGCUCAAGCCACGUAGCCAUUAAAACAUAAUAAUUGGAAAUAAAAUAUUUCGAUUUAAAAAUAAAUUGAUAGACUUGAAUUCUAGAAAACAAAAAGCAACAGCACUUGGCUUGAAACAAUGACUACAGAAAAAAAACUAAAUACCAAUUACGCCAAUUAAGAAAAAAAUAUACCAGCUAGCCGGAUACUAGUGUACUACUAAUAUAUCACUGUCACAUGAAAACUCAGUAAUUUGCGAACAGACUGAAAGUCAUCAAAUUGUUUUUAAUCACACACUAUACAGGAUGUUUGGUCUUCAAGGGCACUCGUCAUGAUGACUUUAUAAGUGUAGUUGAGAUUUCAUUAGAAUAAGUAUUCUUUCAGAAUUCAUUUGCUUUUUGUUUGACUAUAAAAAGCUUAUAGAUGAAUGUAUUUUUGUAAGCAGUUAUUUUUGCAUACCAGAAUUAUUUGUAUUCUUCAAUGUGUAUUUUUGGCGAGGAUAAGUAUCUAUAUAUAAUGAAACAUUAAAAAAAAUACGACUACACAUCAUAGAAUUUAAUGCUUGU